UAACGAGAAGGGCCGGAGCUUUCCCAGAAUAUUGUUCAUUUGGACGGAAACAUCUACACUAAGGAUAAAUGACCGUUUGUGAUCAUUUCUUUUGUGGCUUCAACAAUGAAUAUUCGAGGACGAUCGGAAUACUUGUGGACUCGCAUUGUUGUGCUGCUUUGUCUUUGUGACUGCUCUGCUUCGCAAUUGUCUUACUCGAUUUCCGAGGAGGUGAACAAAGGCACCGUGGUGGGGAAUAUUGCGAAGGAUUUAAACCUCAAUGUACCGGAACUAGAGACCAGGGAUCUACGUAUUGUGUCAAGUUACAGUAAGAAAUACUUUGACGUGAAUUUGCGGACCGGGAACCUCUUUGUUGACGAAAGAAUAGACAGAGAAGAGCUUUGUCCCAAUGUGGUAAAAUGCUCGUUAAAAAUACAAGCCGUUUUAAACGAUCCAAUGACUGCACACCGCAUAGAGAUUAAUGUUUUAGACAUAAACGACAAUUCACCUGCUUUUAUUGAAAGCUCAUAUUCAUUAAAUAUUUCCGAGUCAUCGUUGACGGGAGAACGAUAUCUUCUCCCAAUAGCAGUUGAUGCAGACAUUGGCAGCAACUCAGUAAAGAGCUACAAGCUGAGCCAAAAUGAAUAUUUCUCACUCGAUGUGCAGAGCGGAGGAGAACACGAAGUGUCUGCUGAGUUAGUGCUGCAGAAAGCUUUAGAUCGAGAGAAACAGGCUGUUAUUAAACUUAUUUUGACUGCUGUAGAUGGAGGGAAACCUGCUAGAUCAGGGUCACUACAGAUACAUGUAAAUGUUUUAGAUGCCAAUGAUAAUAUACCAACAUUUAGCAAAACUCUUUAUAAAGUGAGAGUGCCCGAAAACUCGGAAAGUGGAACAGUAGUGAUCAAGUUAAAUGCUACAGAUUUAGAUGAGGGAAUAAAUAGUCAAUACUUUAUGCUUUGAUCAAACGAGGAAAUGUUGAUCCAACGGACAUAUUUGAUUUAAAUCCAGAAACAGGAGAAAUAACUGUCAAGGGAACAUUGGAUU